AUGAAGAGAGAGAACUUACCUGAAGAGCUCCGCUCGGCAUCUCCUCUGAUCAGCAAGGGCCUGACACUGCUCCAGAGCGUGACCAACCGGGCCUCCCAUGACUCAGAGAAGCAGCAGCAAAGAAGCCAUUGGAGCACCUGCAAUUCAGCUCAGGCCAUCAGCUGCUACUACCAAAAGGUACGGAGCCAGUUCAAGAAACUCACUAGCCCUAACAGCUUUGUGUCCAAAAUGGAAGAAAUGAAAAAGGCCUUCCUCAUGCGGCCUGGGUGCCCCCAGUUCAGCACCAGGACCACAUCUGUGUCUCACAUGGGUUCUGCCACCAUGGUUGAUCUGCCCAAGGGCACAUAUGCCAGCUCCAGAGCUUGGAAGGUGACCGAGGACCAGUCCCUGGACAGGAAGGACUCUGAUACCAGUGUGGAUGGUCACCUCUUGGCAUCCAGCAAGAGUGCUUGCCAGCUCAACUACCCACGGAAGAGGAGCGAGCCCUCAGCCAUUAGCCCCACUGACAGCCCAACCAUGGCCAAGAAGUCCCAGAAGACCAGAGUUCCCUGGUAUAUUUCAGUCAUCCAUGAAAAGGAUCACUCCCUGUCCCUGCUGGGAGAGGAGCUCCAGCGUCUCUCAGAGCUGGAGACCCGGAUGCAGAAGAAAGAUCAGGAAAUCCUGAUGCUCCGCAAGGAGAGGGAGCUCCUGAAGAAGCAGCUGAAAAGCCUCCUCAGGAGCAAAGGCACCGAGACAUCCUCAGCUUCCAUAAGGAUGGACCGGUCCUUUGAGACUCCGUCGAAGCUCGGGAGGAUGAGCAUGCUGAAGACCGUAUACAAAGAGGAUGAGCUGCAACACUGGAUACAGAUGCAGGAGGACUAUAACGUAGCAGAGAGCAGCCAGGAGCUGCAGGUGGAACUAGCAAUCGACGAGGAAAAGAGCCCCGAGGGGCCAACCGAGGAGGCCAGACCCAGGGGCAUCGCGGCCAAGACCAAGCCUGAGGAUGAGACAGAGGAGACCAAAGGAGCUGAGGAGGAGGAGAUGGUGGUGGAGGAGGAGGAGAAGGAGGAGGAGGAGGAGAUGUGGACAGUGAGGGAGGAGGAGGAGGAACGUCCCAAGAGGUCAUACUCCCUGACCACCGAGUCCUUUGAGGAGGAGUUAAUGGCGCACCUGGAGGAGUAUGAGCGUAUGCUGAUGGACUUCCAGAGUGAGCUGGAACUCACUAGGACCAGAUACUCCCUGGCCACAGGGGCCAUCACAUCUUUACAACGGCAAACCGACUUCCUGGAAUCUCAGCUGCGAAAGGUCACCACAGAAAACGAUCUGCUGGAAAAGGAGCUGCGUGAGCGGAAACAGCAGAUCCAGGCUAUGACUGACAAGUUCUCCAGCCUCCGGGAGGAGAAGAAGCACCAGGAGAUAAGAGGACUCAUUGAGAAGGAAAACCUCAUCCUCCGACAGCAAGUGUCUGACUUGGAGACAGAGCUCGUCAAGAGUGAGAAGGCCAUCGCAGAGCUUCACAGCAAAACCAGCGAGCUGCAGGCCCAGGUCGACCUGGACCAGGACCACCUGAGGCGGUGGAAAGAACUGUGUGAUGACCUACAGAGCCGGAAAGAGAUCGUCCAGCAGGCAGAACAGCAGACUCGUGUGGUCCUGGAGGCCAGUCAGGCCAGGCUUGAGAAGUUCAGGAAUAAGAUCAUUCAGGCCGUCUACAAUGUCAGUGGGACCAAGAACUUGUCCACCGAGCUCUCUGAUAACUCCGUCCUGGAAUCUCUGCAGAAAAUCAUCACAGAGAGAAGCGACUUCUACGGUCAGCUGAAACAAAAAGGCGUGAAGGUGCCCCCGCUGCAGCAGUCGGACGUCUCCUUGCCCAGCAAGAUCAAGAAGAUGCUAUCCAAGUCAUGA